CGGUUCCGGGCGGCGGCGGCUCCUCGGCGCUGCGCCCGGUGCAUGGCGGUGGUGCGGAGCAUGGGCCCCGAGCGCGUCUGUCCCCGGGAGCCCGGGCCGCCGGAGGGCCCUGACGGCGCGGCGGGGUGGAGCGGCGAUGAGGAGGACGAGGAGGAGGAAGAGGAGGAAGGCGGCGGGUACUUGUAUCAGCCGCUGAGCCAGGAACCGGAGCAGGGCGUUGGCGACGCGGGCCCCGGCCUGCAGGAGCGGCUCCAGAUGCUGGGGCUGCACCUGCCCGACCCGCCGGCGGACAGCGAGGAGGAGAAUGAGGAGGAGGCAGCGGAAGGCGCCACGGCUCAGAGCAGCCACAGCUCCAUCCCCAUGGAUGCAGAGCAUGUGGAGCUGGUGAAGAGGACGAUGGCCAGCGUGAAGCUGCCCACCCUGGGCAUCCCUGCCUGGGCCAGCCAGAUCUCGGAGGAGCAGUGGAAGGAUGUGGUGCAGCGCACGCUGCAGGCCCGGCAGAGCCUCGGCGGCCCCCGGCCUCAGUGGAACUGAGGGCUGAGCUGCGGCACAGGGGCUGCAAACCCCAGCCCUCCCUCCGCCCUGGAAGCGCCCCCUGCCUCCGGGCCAGGCGCUGACAGGACUUACCAGUAUCAACGUUCCAGUUCGUCCCACUGACAUUGUCUGAUUUUCCUUCCCACUCCUUUUUCUUGGUUCUGGUGCAUAAGUCAGUGUGAUGACCUUGUGUUGGCUUCCUCUACCUCUGAGGAGGCAGAUUGGCUUCCAUGCCUGGAUGGAUACGGGGUGAUGGGGCUUGGCUGGCUUUGCCCAGAUUCCCUCAGGACAAACAUCGGACUUGGCCCCAUGCUAACAAUACCACAGAAGUCACUCUCCAGGCUAGGGCCCCUCCUCUCAGGAUAGGGUCUGUGUGUUGGAAUAUCACAGGUGGAACAAGAUGUGUCAUUCCAAGAGAUUGGUUUUAUUUAGUUCUGUACAUACAGGGACAUCUGUACAAAAUCCAACACUUUCAUACUAUGUAAUGCUCUACUGAAAAUAAAGUACACCAUAUGUACAUAUGAACUGUAAGCAGCUUAA